AUGGAUACUACAGUGCUGAGCAGGAACUUGAAAUCUGAGUCAACCAAAAACCGAAAGGGAUAUCCUGGGAUGUGGCAGUUCCCUAGAGAUACCGACAAGUGUUGCAUCUACAGAGUCCCUGAAAGUCUGCGAAGAGUAAACGCAGAAGCAUACACUCCCCAACUAGUCAUCAUUGGACCUCUUCACCAUUCUUUAAAAUCUCAAGCUCUCAAAUCUCUUGGAGAUAUCAAAGACACAAAGUCGAUGGGGUACGUGAACGUGGAAGCGCAUAAGAAGAUCUACCUUGCUAAAUUCGCAAAAAGGCCUGAUGUGAAUGAAACCAUUGAUGGUUUUAGAAGAACAAUCGAACAAGAGGAAGAGAGAAUCAGAGAAAGCUACUCGGAAUCAACGACCUGGAUUGAAUCUUCAGAGUUCGUGGAGAUGAUCCUGCUUGACUCUGUUUUCAUACUAGAGUUCUUUUUAAGGAAGGGUUUUAGCAUUGUUGGAGUGAAAACAGGGGAUCCUCUCAUUGACGACCUUUGUCUUGCAGAGACAAUCAACAAUGAUCUCAUGUUGCUAGAGAAUCAGCUUCCUUAUUUCAUCCUCCAUAAGCUCUUCCAUCCAAUCUACCCUACACGCAUCCUGCCCUUAACAUUCCGCGAAUUGAUCACCACCUACUUUGGAUUCAGAUAUAAGAUCGGAGACGACUCAAAUUUCAGUCAUUUCACUGAUUUGGCCAGAUGUGUCCGCGUUGAAAAACUUCAAGGGCCUGGUCAACAUGAAUUCAAGCACUUACACCAUUUGUUUAACGCGGAUAAGCUACAUAGUGGGGGAGUGAAAUUCGAGGCAUUGGAAGAAGAGUUGUCGCUGGAGGUGAGAUUUGAGAAUGGUUGUUUAAAGAUGCCUUGUCUUUGGAUCCAUGAUACUUCGGAGAUGACUUUGAGAAACAUAAUGGCGCUUGAGCAAUGCCACUACCCUCACACCGUACAUGUCUGUAGUUACGUUGAAUUCAUGGAUUACCUAAUCGACACGGAUAAAGAUGUCGACUUGCUUGUCGAGAAAGGGAUAUUAAAAAACAUGAUUGGGCAGCCCAGCUCGGUGGCAGAGAUGGUGAACAAGCUCGGAAUGGGCAUUAUUAAUCAAGGCUCUUACUAUUAUGAUGUAGCGGUUAAAGUCCACGCUCACUAUUCAAACCCACUGACUAGGUCACACGCCAUCCUGAAACGCGUUUAUUUCGGUAACAUGUGGCUUGGAACGGCCACUGUAGCCGCCACGUUACUAUUGAUUAUGACAUUCCUCCAGAUGGUGUCUUCAGUCAACCAGCUUGUGCAUGACAAAGACCCAGUCAAGAGGACAUAG